AAAAACUGCCAUAAACAAAGAAGGAAAAAAAAACUGUCUGUUUUCAUUCAGUGACAUGAUUAGCACACUCAAUGCUGUGGAACUGUCUCUAUCUGCCAGGGAGUAGAUGAUUUAUCUCUAUAGCAACACACCUCUCCACCAAUGGUGCAAAAAGCGCAGCAGCAAAGCAGAAUCGCUAUAUGGGGGGGAGGGGGGAGAGGAGGAGAAGAAUUGCACUGAGGCUUUUUAUCUUACAUGUGACAAGAUCACAAGCCAGGCAGGUUUGGGAGGGAUGUUACGUAUUCCACUUCUAACAAGUCUGCCUCAUACUACAAGAUAGUUCAUGGAAAAAUUUAAAAAACAGGCGGCUAUAUGCUGCUGUUAGAGGGGCAUUAGAAAUCAUUAGAUAUAAAAACAAACCUCUUAUGCAACUUUCAGAAUCUGACUUCAAAUUAACUGUAAGAAAAUGUGUUUACUAUCCUCUAACUAUCAUUGCAUCCAAGAGAGGACAGAAGGAAAUACCCCAUUUCCCCCCUGAUGUAAAAAUUAAGGUGGCAUAAGAAGCUUCUGUGUUUCAGAGGGCUUCCCCCCCCACCCCUGCACACCACUGAAGUAAACAGCAUUCAAGUUAAACCAAAGCAAAAAGGCUCUUAAAAAUGUUGCCUUUCCCGGUUAUGUUUAUGGAAGCAAGAUGAUAUGAAUGUGGAAAGAACUGCAUACAGAAGCCAACCAUUUUGCACCAAUGAAGACUGGCAGCAUGAAAAAGAGAACAGUGGGAUGGACGCUGACCUGCCAGAGAGCUAGAAACAGCUAUGGUGUGUUUACAACCAUGCCGGCUACCAAUCAGGGGUGGCCUGAAGAGUUUGGGUUUAAAAUAAGUGGAAAUGGUCCUUGCUACAUCCUUGCAGUAGAAGAAGGCAGCAGCGCUUAUGUAGCUGGUCUUCAGCCAGGAGACCAGAUCUUGGAGAUAGAAGGCCAGCAUGUUUCCGCCAUGAACUGCGAGACUCUCAUCAACCUGGCGAGGCAGUGUGAGAAUGUGCCUCCCAGCAUUGGAGUGGUCUCACGCAUCCAGCAGAUGGAUAUCAAUCCUGGCCCGGAUGGAAAGUUUGGUUUCAGCCUGAUGUGUAGCAGUGGCAACUCCCUGCAAGUGGAGAGCGUAGCCCCAGAUUCACCUGCUUCUGAGUGUGGAAUGAAACCGGGAGACUACAUGCUGGAAGUCAACGGGAUCCCAGUGAAGCUUUAUGAAGCAGCAGCUGCCAUGAUCAGCUCCUGCCAAGGGAAGGCUCUGAGACUGGGGCUGCUGCGGCUUGGGCGGGUGCAGAGAUGGACCAGCAGCAGUGUACGGGGAUUCGUCCAAAACGCCGACGCCAUCCACCAAGAGAGAAAACAGAAGGCUCAGGAAUUCAACAAGAAGGCUGACGAAAUUCUCGGAGAUCAGCCAGAGGUAAAAGAGAAAGUUUUCACCAUCUUGAAACAGUAUGCGGCAGAGAGGAAGGUGGAAUACUUGGCUUACACCCUUUCCAUGAUUCUCACCAAAGAAUCCCAUCAACUUCUCAUUGACAAUAUCAGGAUCUUCAUCCCCAAGAAACACCGGCAGCGCUUUGACGAGGUGGUGUCCCAGAGCCUGAUCAGCAAACUCUGCCGGUCAAAGAGCGAGCAGCACACCAACCGGCUGAGGCGCAGCCGCAGCGAAGACCACCAGGAGCGGCUGCUAGUGUCGACCAGGGCAAGCUCAGUGCCUCGGAGCCACGAGGAGCCAGCAAGGGUUUGCGGAAAAACAACUUCUCUGAUCACCAGCAGUGUGGGAUCAGGGGCUGCCCGCAGAACCGUUCGAGUUUACAAAGGCAGCAAAAGCUUUGGCUUCACGUUACGUGGACAUGCCCCCGUGUGGAUUGAGUCCAUUUUGCCUGGCAGCCCAGCUGAGAAGGCUGCUCUCAAAGCUGGGGACCGAAUCUUAUUUCUCAAUGGGCUGGAUAUGAGGAAUUGCUCCCAUGAUAAGGUGGUGUCCAUGCUGCAGGGCAGUGGGGCAAUGCCUACCCUGGUUGUGGAAGAAGGGAUGGUCCAUUUUCCAGUUGAUUCUGAGUCUGCUGACUCCCCGAACCCCUCCUCAGCCCUCACCUCCCUGCAGUGGGUGGCAGAGAUACUCCCCUCUAGCAUCAAGAUCCAAGGAAGGACCUUCAAUCAGCAGCUGGAACGUCUGUUGACACCACCUGAGCGCUACAUCAUCUGCAAAUCACUAGAAGGUUUCUUCCAGCAUCGGAACAUCGAUACUCUCAUAGUGGAUGUGUACCCCGUGCUGGACACACCAGUCAAGCAGGUCAUUUGGCAGUUUAUCUACCAGCUAUUGACAUACGAAGAGCAGGAGCACUGCCAGCAAAAGAUUGCCAGGUUCCUUGGUUACAAGUCAGUGGCAGCUGCAGCAGAGCCAGAGGCAGAGGAACGGCCCCGGACUUCGGUUCGAGGGGCCUCAGGAUGUCGGGGAAGCAUUCGAACGCGAGGCCUUGAGGAAGGUGGGACAGGAGGUCACAGCGACACCGGGGAAGUAUCAAUUCGACUGACGCCUGGAGAGAGGCAAGCGGGUGAUGGCACAUCCCUUCCAGAGACUCCCAACCCCAAAAUGAUGUCAGCUGUCUAUGCAGAGUUAGAAAAUCGCCUGAUCAGCAGCUUUGCAGGAAAGAUGGCUAAUGCCCCCCCACACAGAGAUUCACCUCCUGUCCCAGACCAGGCAAACGCUGCAGGUGUUCGGAAGUCGGGGAUGACGAUCUCCUGGCAGAGUGAUCCUUUGCCCUCCCAGCAGUGCUAUUACCACCCACACAGCAGCAUCCCCUCCCCCAGCAGCACAGAGUCCAACCCCUACGUCAGCCUAGACAGCAGCCCUGCCCCUUCUCCCAAGCACAUGGACUACGCGCUCAGCCCCCUGUCUCGACGGAAGAAGCUCUUCACCUUCUCCAGGCCUCCACGCAGCCGGGACACAGAUCGCUUCCUGGACGCCUUGAGUGAGCAGCUGGGACACAGGGUCACCAUCGUGGAUGACUUCCUCACACCCGAGAAUGACUACGAGGAGAUGAGUUUCCAUGACGACCAGGGCAGCUAUGUCACCAAUGACAUGAGCAGUGCCAGCGAGUACAUCAGCAGCAGCGAUGAAGGGAGCUCUCUGACCUACUCCACCCUAUCUGAUCAUCCCCCUCCCCCUCUCAGUCCACCCCCGCCCCCGCCGCAGUUCCAUGACUCCAGACCAGUCACUCUGAGCUCAGAGGCCACAAGAAAUAUCUCCUCCCCACUCUCCAAAACCCUAGGGAGUCACUUACACCCAGUUCCUCCCCCUCCCCCUCCCCCGCCUCCCCCACCAGUGCCAUGUGCACCCCCCCUGCUGCAGCGGGGCCUCGUACAUCGCAGGAGCGAGUCCAGCCACAUGAGUGUCAAACGGCUGCGCUGGGAGCAAGUGGAGAACUCGGAAGGCACCAUCUGGGGGCAGCUUGGAGAAGACUCAGAUUAUGACAAACUGAGUGAUAUGGUCAAAUACCUCGACCUGGAGCUUCAUUUUGGAACUCAUAAACCUGCAAAGCCAACUCUGUUGCCUGAAUCCUUUAAAAAGAAAGACGUGGUUGAAAUUUUGUCUCACAAAAAGGCCUACAACACAUCCAUCCUGAUAGCCCACCUCAAGCUCUCGCACAUCGAGCUGCGCCAAAUUCUCAUGACAAUGGAGAGCGACCGCCUGGAGUCCUCUCACAUCAAGCAGCUCCUGCUGUACGCGCCUGACGCAGAGGAGGUCCAGCAGUACCAGAACUACCAGGACAAUCCCAGCAAGCUGAGUGAGCCAGACCAGUUUGUCCUGCAGAUGUUAUCAGUACCAGAAUAUAAAACCCGGCUACGCAGCCUUUACUGCAAGACCACCCUGCAGGAGAAGGCAGAGGAGAUCAGAGCCAGCUAUGAGUGUAUCUGCAAGGCUUCCCUGGAGCUGAAAAGCAGCAAGAAACUGGCUAAGAUCUUAGAGUUUGUGCUGGCAAUGGGGAACUAUUUGAACAACGGGCAGCCCAAGACCAAUAAAACGACAGGCUUUAAAAUCAACUUCCUCACCGAGCUGAACACAACCAAGACCGUUGAUGGGAAAUCCACUUUCCUGCACAUUCUUGCCAAAUCGCUUAGCCAACAUUUCCCAGAACUUCUGGGUUUUGCCAAGGACCUUCCUACAGUGCCGCUCGCUGCCAAAGUGAAUCAGAGAACAUUAACAGCCGAUCUCAACGACCUUCACAUCACCAUCAGUGAAAUAGAGACUGCCUGCCACAGCAUGCCAGCUGCUGAGGAGGACAAAUUUGCUAUUGUGAUGAAUUCUUUCCUGGAGAGCGCCCAUCCCACUAUAAAAUCUCUGGAUGGCCUGCAGCAUAAGGCCAUGGAGGAAUUCAGCAAAGUCCUGUCCUUUUUUGGGGAAGACUCCAAAGUGACCACAUCUGAAUCUUUUUUUGGCAUUUUUGCUGAGUUCAUGAGCAAGUUUGAGCGGGCGCUCAGUGACGUGCAGGCCUGCGAAAGCCAGCGCAGUCCCAGGAUGACCUCGCCCCUCGCCUGGUGAUGGGCUUGUGAUGACAUUCGGUGCAACACUUUAUUGCCAACAAAGUGCAAUUGGUUCCUGUUGGUUGUAAAUAUGCUGCUGUCAUGUUAGCACCAAUCAGAACCAUGGACCAAGGCAAAAGGGCUUGUUUGGUGGUAAUAUGGACACUGUAGGAAUAACUUCUGUGACAAGGCACCAUGGAUGGGUCCUGGGAUGGAUGUGGGGGGCGGGGAGACAGGGUUACAGAGUUAAGACAAACACUGUGUUAGUCCUAACUACAGGAUCUUACGUUUAGUGCCCUAGAUUUCCAGUGUAUUGUUGAAUCAGGUUUGCAGACACACCGGGAUGUAGAAACCCCCUUACAUUUUUCAGAAUCUGUAUAUGUCGGCAGUAGUAAACCCUGGGAUCCCUGCCCAGGACUCUGUUGUGGGUGCACAAAGAGUUGGCUUCUCCCCACGUAACAAGGGCUCAGCACUCUCCCACCAUGGGACACAGGCACUGCUCCCAAGGAGUCCGAGGGAGAGCAGGGCCAGGGCCUGCCCCCUACCCAGUGAGCAAAAGCUGCUUGGGCACAGAAGGCAGCACAUGCCAAACCCCUUGAAUUGGUGAUGGAGCUGCCACUGGAGAGUGCUCUCCAGGGAACCUUGGGAGGAACCGCUGAUGAAUCAAGCUGAAUUCCUCCUCAGAGUCCCUGCAGCGCUUUCGAACCCACCAGCCCGCACUUAAUAUUUCCACAGCUCUUACCCGGUCAGAACUCCCACUGACCCCGCACUGGUUGAGUCAGGGCACUUCAGGGUUUGGGCUCUAGCAGGGAAAGGUCAGUGCCAAUGUCAGGAGAUUACCUCCCAGAAUUGUGCACGGUGUAUCCAUUUUGUCUCCAAACAUGGAUCCAAUAUGAUUUCAUCCAGUUGCAUUAUACAGUGGGACCAUCCUGAAAUUCCUUCCUGGCUGUGUCAUAUUUGCUUAGGUGUGUGGCAAUGACUGAUGGGUCUGGACAGUUUACUAGAAAAUUAACAUCUUCCUCACCAGAUCUACAUGGACUUGCCAGGAGACAUAGUUCACUGAGCAUCUUGAAGCCUCCGUAGAAAGUGUAAAACCCUUGGCAGUCUGAAAGUCUAGCAAUCAGUGGGAUUCCUUCAAGCAGCUAAAGCCCUGCAGUGUAGCUUCUGAGGCUAGCCAGAGAGCCCAGCAGAAAACCAAGUAUGUGCUCUACCUUUCAAUCAUUUACUGAGGGCCUGUAGUUCUGUGGUAACAUCUGACAUAAUGUAGGAUUCAAUCGAUCCUUCAUGCCAAGUGUAUUCUGUGAACUGCAGAACUGCACACACCAUGCUCCAUUGCUCUGGUAGCCUCUGAUUAUUCUGUAGGUAAACGUAAUUAUAUCUGAGAUAUCCUUCUGGGAUUAAUGCUCUACUAGACUUCUGUGGUCUGCAUGUGCCUCCAGGUGAUACAGCUUGCUAAGAUCCUUACAGCAAGAAGCAUCAGUGCGUUCACGUUGUUGGGCAUUAUUUUGUGCAAAAAGCAGUCAUUGCCUUUCAACUCUGAUGUGCUCUAACAUCCUGCUCCUUGAAACACUCCAGCAACACCUGGAGCUUAGGUAACAUUUCUCAUCCAAAUGCUUCUCCUCACGUGAUGCCAGAGCAAGAGGUCCUCUCACAGCCUGUGCGGAGAGUAGAGAAUCACCAACUGGUGCAUUAUUUACAGGAGACCUUAUGUGCAUCAAAUCCUUUGUGUUCAGUACUUUUUAAAACUCCCCGCUGUAGAAAGUGAUGUAUAUUUCCACAAGUGUUUUCAGUUUUUACAGCUUUAAGUGCCAGGUAGCUUCUAGCAUUGUAUUAUCAGCUGCCCAAGCAUUGCAUUAUCGGAGCUGUGUUUUUUCUUCUUGAUUUAUGAUAGGACAAUGCAUAUUUGUCUCCAUUCUGUGUUUCAGAUGCUGCAUACUGUGUAUAGUUGAUCUUUUUUUAAGCACAUAUUAUGUAUUUAAACCGUUCGAGGUUAUUUUGAAACUGUCAUUAAUGAAAAUGCUGUACAUAGACUUUGCUACCUGUUGUAACUUGACAAAAUAGCUAAAACUCCAAUCGCUUUGUUUCCAGAUGGUAUUUUUAUGUGAAAAUUUUCAGAGAACCAGAACUUCUGCGAUAUGGUUAUUUUAUUUGAUAACAGGACUAUGUGCAUAGUCACAGUUCAGUCUCUACCCAAAACCUAUGUGCUGUCCCCAAAAUAAAGCUACUGCCGUCUGCCUCC